UGUUAAGAAGUUACCAGUAUGAAAUACCAACAAAAAAAAGUGAUUGUUAUUGUUUACAUAUCUUUAAACUUUUAUAGGUUAACAAUUUAAAUACAGUAAUGCACGAAUGUGUAAUACUUCGAUUAAAGAAAAGCAGUAGGAUAUAGAUUAGAUUUAAAAUAUUUCUUUAGCAGGACUCAAAAGCAGUUUCAAACAAUGAUAUCUGAGUUUGCAAAGGAAAAAGUGUUUUGGACGAGGAAAAUGAAUUUAAAUUUAGUAAAAUUUAUACAGAGUAAACAAAAUAUAUGGAAUCCUAGACACCCAAAGUACACUUCUACAGUUGUUAAGGAUAAAACUUAUGCAGAGUUCGCAACAAAGUACGGUAACAACUUCUCAGGUCAGGCCGUUAAAGAACGAUGGACAAACAUUCGGUCAACUUUUGCAAACUAUUUAAGAAAAGUUAAAACAAAUGCACAGUCGGGAAAUGAGGAAUACAAAGUUAAUUGGCAUUUAUGGGAGCCUUGUCAGUUUUUAUUAAAAGUUAAUAGAAGUAAUAUUAGUACUCAGGUCCAAAAUGGUGAAUGUUCAGAGAUUGCAUCAGAUUUAGAAGCACCAGAUAUUAGUGAUUCAGAGAUUAUAACAGGCACAGAAGAGACUAGAUUGACAUGUAGUGGUGUGGCUCACAGCUUGCUCAGAGUGUUCCGGGGGGCACAACAUGACCCUUUCGGUCUCGAUAAUACGGUGCAUGGACGAAUUGGCAAAGCUGUAACAGAGAAACUGAGCCAAAUGAAUUCCUUUGAAGCGGCGAAAUUGACUCAGAUGAUCAUUGAUAUACUUGUGAUGUACAACAUAGAUAGUACAAUAAAUCCGAAUAAUAUUAAAAGUGAGAUGUUUUAAACAUAAACAAAUAUAUAGAAGACUAGAUACAGUUUGUAAGUGAGCUCAUCGGGAGUAAGGUUUAAUUAUAAAAAAAUUGAUAAAGCAGAGUUGAACAAUAUUAGUAUAAAUACUAUAUAGAAAAAUAUAUUUACUAGACAAGUAACAGUAAUGUGUGAUACAGCACAGAAACAAUGUUUAGCUUUAAUAAUUAUAAAAAUACUGAAAGCUAAAA